UUCGACUCUGCCGAGGUGUUGGGGCGUCUCGUGCGGACGGCACAGUACCUGAAGGGCCUCGACAUGGAGAUACGGCCCGACAUCCUGGCUGAGUCGUUGACGGCCAUCCCCGUGACAGCAGGAGGUGGGCAGCCCGGCCCCCUCUCACAGCUGGAGCUCGUCGGCACACUCGGCGUCUUGGGGCGGUCAGAUCAGAUCAGUAUCAACCAAUGGCGCAACGGACUCGAGCGGCUACAGGUAGGUGCACACAACACACACACGUCGGGGUGAGUGGUGCACCGUACCGUCGGUGUCAUUCCUCUCAGGCCGUGCUUGUUGAGCGUGGGUGUCAUUCCAUCAAGCAGCUCGAUGUGGACUUCAUCGAUGGACCCGUUGACGAGGACAUCUUCGCGGCGCUGUCGGUCAUGGAGGCCUUCACACGCACCGUGUGUGUCAAGCCCGACAUCCCCGUCAGCAUCAAUGUCUACGACGCGAUGUCGGAGCGGGCCGUCCCGAUCUUCGACCUCUCUCUCCUGUGUGAGGUCCCCACCCGCCCCGCCCCCUCCUUCUUCGUGCAGAAGCACAUCCAGCAGCUGGCCGCCGACACACCGACGGCAUGCUUCGUCAUCGCCCCCCACCACUUCACCACCCCCCUCGACACACCCAGCCCAUCUGCCGUGGCCCUCGCCCGAUGCAUGACCUUCCUCAAGGCAGACCAAGUGGAGGUCUUCGAGCAGGGGCGCUUCUUGGGGGCCCAGUGGGAGCCUGACGCUGACGCCGAGCCGCCCAACCCCACGGUGAUCGACCAGCUUCCCGCCAGCGCAUUUCCCACCGCAUCGCGCCUCUACAUCUACAGCACUAAGGGGUAUGCGAUCGGCAAAAAGCUGGCGUCGAAGAUGCCGGCGGUCAGAGAUAUCGAGCUGUAUGAGACGAUGGAGGCGGAUGCGGUGGGCGUGCUGGAGGCAGUGGGCGGCGGCGGCAGCCCGAUGCGGUGUGAGAUCAGGCACAUGACGGCUGUGAGUGAGGAGGGGCUUCGGUGGGGAGACAAGGCGGACGAGCUGCCGAGCAUCGAGCAGCAGCAUGUUUGCGUGGAGGGUAAAUUCCAGAGAAUGUCUAUCAUCUCGGCUUGCUGUCCUCGCUGAACGUCGCUGUGUGUGUGUGUGUGUGUGUGUGUGCAGUGCCCGAGGAUUUGGGCCAUGGUGAUGCCGCCGGCGAGUUCGGCGUUUCGUGUGUGUCGUCGCUGCUCAAGAUCCGCGGCAUCGAAGAGCUCAAGCUCCGGCUGGAGCCUCCGGCUGCCUUCCAAUCCUUCAAGCGGCUGGUGAGGGAGCGGAGACACGGCGACACCAUCGAGGGCCUUCCUGGACGCUUCGACAGUAUCGGGUGGACGACACACAUGGGAAUUCAUAUCUGGCGACCUGUUGGGGCAUGCUUUCUGCUGAAGCCAAAGUCCAUCUAGGUACGGGGCACCCUGAGACCUUUGUGUGGCGCCGCGUCAUGUCAUUUCCUGUGCGUCGACAGAUUGCGUCCGUCGUAUCGAUGAGUGAGAGUCGCCCGUCCAUCCGAUGGUGAAGAUUGAUGACAGACAGAUGACUAUCGAACAGUGACCACAGACCGACAGACCGACCCCAUUCAUGUGUGCAUCUGUGUGCGUAUGCAUACCGCAUCAAUCCAUUGCAUGUGUGUGCAAGAAAUGAAUUCACUGCAAGC